AUGGAUAGUGUCACCCUACUUGAAUCAUUAGAUAACGUCGACGCCGACCUCGAAAGCCUGGAAGCAGUACUCAAGCCCAUAUUAGACGAUUCCUUACAUAGCGCAACCCGAAAACUUCCCAUUCUUGAUAGAGCAAAGCUGAACGUCACAGUGGUAUACGCCAUUGAGUCUCUUCUUUUCUCCUAUCUCAAGAUCAAUGGAGUCGAUCCGAAGGAUCAUCCAGUAUGGAAAGAACUUGCAAGAGUAAAGCAGUACUUUAGCAAAGUCAAAGAAGCUGAGGAGAAACACACAAAGCCAGCAAUGACGCUCAAUAAGCAGGCGGCUGCGAGAAUGAUACAACACUCCUUGGCUGGCAACGGAAACGCCGACAUGGCGAAACGCGCGGAAGAACUGAAGAAACUCAUCAUUGCGAAAAAGCUUCGGAAGGUCUCUACUGCGAGUCCUGUCUCAGCUAGUAUCGACGCAAGCCCUUCCACGCCUGCGCUACCAGUCACUCCCCUCGAAGCUGCACAGACGGCCGAACUGCUUGCUUCAGUUGCCAAGGAAAUCGAAAUGCAAGAUCAGGAAGGCUCGGAAGAAGGAGAAAUUGAUGAAACUCCUAAGAUGCAGCACCCUUUGCCAUCAAGACCCUCCCUUGACCUAACGCAGGAUCAGGCCUCACUCAAGAAACGAAAGCACCCCGAUUUCCAGACAAACGGAUCGACCAGUCUGUCUAAAUCAGAGAAGAAGGCUCGCAAGAAGGCCAAGAAAGAUGCCAGAAACACUGGCUGA